AUGGCCGCCGCAUCGCUGGACGCUUAAAGGGAACUACCUGCGCGUCUCCCGCCCCGCCUCGUCCAGCGGGCCCGCUCCGCUCGGCUCCUCGCCGGUUUUGAUGGACACCUGGCUUUGUUCUUGCCAUGAAGAAAGGUUCUGAGAAAAAAUUUUCCAAAGCAAAGAUGCCCCCAUCACCUCGCUCUCCUAGUUCACCAUCCCUCGCGUCCAAUACAAGAUCUAGGUCACUUUCACCUUUAAGUGGAUCUGAGACUCUGCCUUUUCAUUUUGGGAGACAGUGGCAUGAGCAAGUUGAGAUUACAGAUGAAAACACUAUGCUUUUGGACCACCAAGACCAUAAAGAAGCUGAUUCACAUACUGGAGUCCGAUAUAUUACAGAGGCCCUUGUUAAAAAACUUACUAAACAGGACAAUUUGGCCUUGGUAAAAUCCCUAAACCUUUCACUUGCUAAAGAUGGUGGCAAGAAAUUUAGGUAUAUCGAAAACUUGGAAAAAUGUGUUAAGCUUGAAGUACUGAAUCUCAGCUAUAAUAUAAUAGGGAAGAUUGAGAAGAUGGACAAGCUGGUAAAAUUACGUGAACUCAACUUAUCAUAUAACAAAAUCUGCAAAAUUGAAGGCAUAGAAAAUAUGCAUAAUUUGCAAAAGCUAAACCUUGCAGGAAAUGAAAUUGAACAUAUCCCAGUAUGGUUAGGGAAGAAGUUAAAAUCUUUGCGAAUCCUCAAUCUGAAAGGCAACAAGAUAUCAUCGCUCCAAGAUGUAAGCAAGUUGAAACCACUUCAAGAUUUGACCUCUCUGAUCCUACUUGAAAAUCCAGUUGUGACCCUUCCUCAUUACAUCCAGUUUACCAUUUUUCACCUUCGCUCACUAGAAAGUUUGGAAGGUCAACCAGUAACUACUCAGGAUAGACAGGAAGCUUUUGAGAGAUUCAGUUUAGAAGAGGUAGAGAGACUGGAAAGAGACCUGGAAAAGAAGAUAAUGGAAACCGAAGAGCUUAGGAGCGCACAGACAAGGUUCCUUGAGGAAAUUAAAAGUCAAGAUAAAUUGAACAAAUCACUGAAAGAGGAGGCCAUGUUACAAAAGCAGAGCUAUGAGGAGCUGGAGAGUAACCUAAACACGAAAAAUGAAUUGCUAAAACAGAAGACCAUGGAACUAAUGCGAGCAUGUCAAAAACAGUAUGAGAUGGAACAGGAAUUGGCCUUUUAUAAAAUUGAUGCCAAAUUUGAGCCGCUAAAUUAUUAUCCAUCAGAGUAUGUUGAAAUUGAUAAAACCCCAGAUGAAAGUCCUUACAUUGGCAAAUCCAGAUACAAGAGAAAUAUGUUCACUACAGAGAGUUACAUUGUUCCAAAUGCCCAGACCAUAAAGAUCACCAAGGUGGAGCCAGAUGAAGGGGAACAACUCAGAGAUGAGUGCGUGAACUUGAGAGCACAUGUGCCACUGGACAUACAACUGGAAGACAAAGAAAAAAAAAUAAGUGCAGCACAAACUCGACUAUCAGAACUACAUGGUGAAAUAGAAAAGGCAGAACAACAAAUUUUAAGAGCUACAGAGGAAUUUAAACAACUGGAAGAAGCAAUACAGCUUAAAAAAAUUUCAGAAGCAGAGAAAGAUCUUCUUUUCAAGCAGUUGGGUAGUAGGAUACAACUUCUCAAUAAAUUACGCCAAGAAGUUGUGGAUCUUGAAACACAGAUGGAAAAGCAAAGGCAAGAAAAUGCUGAAAAGCAGAACGAGAUCAAGGACCUGCAAAUAGCCAUUGAUAGCCUGGAUUCCAGAGACCCAAAACAUUGCCAUAUGAAGGCUCAGAAAAGAGGUAAAGAACAACAACUUGACGUCAUGAACAAGCAGUACAAACAACUUGAAAGCCGUUUGGAUGAGAUACUUUCUAGAAUUGCCAAAGAAACUGAAGAGAUUAAGGACCUUGAACAACAGCUUACUGAAGGACAAAUAGCAGCGAAUGAAGCCCUAAAGAAGGACUUAGAAAGCGUCAUCAGUGGGUUACAGGAAUACCUGGAGACUGUCAAAGGCCAGGCAACCCAGGCCCAGAAGGAGUGCAGGAAGCUACAGGAUGAGAAAGAGACAUUGCUACAGAGAUUGCACGAGGUUGAGCAGGAGAGGGACCAACUGGAAAUAGUUGCCAUAGAUGCAGAGAAUAUGAGGAAGGAGCUCGCAGAACUGGAGAGUGCCCUCCAGGAGCAGCAUGAGGUGAAUGUGUCCCUGCAGCAGACCCAGGGAGAUCUCAGUGCCUAUGAGGCUGAGCUGGAGACUCAGCUGAGAAUACGGGAUGCUGAAGCCAGCCAGCUCAAGGAGGAAUUGGAAAAACUUAGAAGGUUCAGCCAGUUAGAACAAUCAGCCCUUCAAGCAGACCUUGAGAAGGAAAAGCAAGCCCUCCAGAAUGCCCUCAGAAAAGCCCAGCUCGCAGAAGGAAAGGACCAAGAAAACAGUGAACUCCGCACACAACUUAAGCAGCUGCAGGAUGACAAUGACCUGUUAAAACAGCAACUUAAAGAUUUCCAGAAUCACCUUAACCAUGUGGUUGAUGGUUUGAUUCGUCCAGAAGACGUGGCAGCUCGUGUGGAUGAGCUAAGGCAAAAACUGAAGUCAGGAGCCGGGGAAAUGAGAAUCCAUACCCCUUCAGACGUCUUAGGGAAAAGUCUUGCUGAUUUGCAGAAACAGUUCAGUGAAAUCCUGGCACGCUCCCAGUGGGAAAGACAGGAAGCACAAGUGAGAGAGAGAAAACUCCAGGAGGAAAUGGCUCUGCAACAAGAGAAACUGGCAAAUGGACAGGAGGAGUUCAGGCACGCCUGCGAGAGAGCCCUGGAAGCAAGAAUUAGUUUUGAUAAGAGGCAGCACGAAGCGAGAAUCCAACAGCUGGAGAAUGAAAUUCGCUAUUUGCAAGAAAAUCUGAAAAGUAUGGAGGAAAUCCAAGGCCUUACAGAUCUCCAACUUCAGGAAGCUGAUGAAGAGAAGGAGAGAAUUCUGGCCCAACUCCAGGAGUUAGAGAAAAAGAAGAAGCUUGAAGAUGCCAAAUCCCAGGAGCAGCUUCUCGGCUUAGAUCGAGAAUUGAAGAAAUUGAAGAAAGCCGUGGCUGCCUCCGAUAAGCUGGCUGCGGCUGAGCUCACCAUUGCCAAAGAUCAGCUCAGGUCCCUUCAUGGAACUGUUCUGAAAAUUAACCAGGAGCGAGCAGAGGAGGUGCAGGAGACGGAGAAGUUCAGCAGGAAGGCAGCGCAGGCGGCCAGGGAUCUGACCCGAGCAGAAGCCGAGAUUGAACUCCUGCAGAACCUUCUCAAAGAUAGAGAGGAGCAGUUUCGACUUGGAAUGGAGAAAGUAAAUGUAGGCCCCGGAGGAGCAAACUCACAGGUGCUGGAGGUCGAGAAACUCAAUGAGACAAUGGAGAGGCAAAGGACAGAGAUCACAAGGCUGCGGAAUUUACUAGACCUCACCGGGGCUGAUAACAGAGGAAGCUUUGACAAUGUUUUGGAAGAAAUUGCUGAACUUCGACGUGAAGUGUCUCAUCAGAAUGAUUACAUCAGCAGCAUGGCAGAUCCUUUCAGAAGACGAGGCUACUGGUACUUUAUGCCAACACCGUCAUCAUCAAAAGUUUCCAGCUAUAGUUCUCAGGCCACCAAGGACUCUGGGGUCGGCCUAAAGUACACAGCCUCAACUCCCGUUAGAAAAGCACGUCGCGGACGGCAGGACGGAAAGGAGGAGAGCGGGCCUCCACGUGUCUCAGGACACUGGGUUUAUUCUCCCAUCAGGAGUGGGUUACAUCAGUCGUUUUCAAAUAGAGAUGCAGACAGUGGAGAAGACAGCCAGGAAGAGAGCGAGCUGGAUGACCGCGAGGACCGCCCCUUUGUGCCUCCUUCUGGAUACAUGAUGUACACUGUGUUUCCCGACGGCUCUCCGGUUCCCCAGGGCAUGGCCCUGUACGCACCGCCUCCUCCCCUGCCCCACAAUAGCCAGCCUCUCAGCCCUGGCACUGUUGUUUAUGGCCCACCACCUGUUGGGGCCCCCAUCGUGUAUGGGCCUCCGCCCCCCAACUUCUCUGUCCCCCUCAUCCCUGCGGGGGUGCUGCAUUGCAACGUCCCGGAACACCAUAACUUGGAGAAUGAAGUUUCUAGACUGGAGGACAUCAUGCAGCACUUAAAAUCGGAGAAACAGGAGCGGUGCAUGAGAGCAUCCAGGCGGCAUUCGGUGAAGGAAUUGGAAGAGCUGCACCGUAAUAUUGAUGGUCUCUUGCAAGAGAAGAAAGACUUAGAGCAUGAAGUAGAAGAAUUACAUAGAACCAUCCAGAAACACCAACAGCGAAAAGACUUCCUUGAUGGAAAUGUCGAGAGUCUGAUGAACGAACUAGAAAUAGAGAAGUCACUCAAACACCAUGAAGAUAUUGUGGAUGAAAUUGAGUGCAUCGAGAAGACCCUUCUAAAACGCCGAGCAGAGCUCAGGGAAGCUGACCGGCUGCUGGCCGAGGCCGAAAGUGAACUUUCACGCACGAAGGAGAAAACAAAAGAUGCCGUUGAGAAGUUCGCAGAUGCCAAGAGAAACCUAUUGCAAGUCGAAAAGGAUGCCGAGGAGUUAGAAAGGAGAGCCCGGGAAACUGCUGUUAACCUCGUCAAGGCUGACCAGCAGCUCCGGUUACUCCAGGCUGACACGAAGGGUUUGGAGGAGCACAAAAUGGAGCAAGAAGAAACUUUGAAAGAAAUAAACAAAGCCGUUGCAGCAAAGGACUCAGACUUCCAGUGUCUGAACAAGAAGAAGGAGGUGCUGACGGGAGAGCUGCAGAAGCUGCAGAAGGACGUCGAGGCCGCACAACGCAGUGAGGAUCACCACCUGCACGUCCUGGAAGAGUCAGAGACCCUCCUGCAGGCCAAGAAAGCUGAGCUGGAAAGGCUGAAAAGCCAGGUGUCCGAUCAACAGCAGGAGCUGGCCGUGUUGGACAGGGAGUUGGGGCAUAAAAAGGAAGAGCUGCGUCUACUUCAGGGAAGCAUGGUCCAGGCCAGAGCUGAUCUCCAGGAGGCGCUGAGACUGGGAGAAACCGAAGUAACUGAGAAGUGCAAUCAUAUUAGGGAAGUAAAAUCUCUUCUGGAAGAACUGAGUUUUCAGAAAGGAGAACUCAAUGUCCAGAUUAGUGAAAAAAAAACUCAGCUUGCACUCAUAAAGGAGGAAAUUGAAAAAGAGGAAGAAAAUCUUCAGGUAGUUUUAGGGCAGAUGUCUAAACAUAAAACUGAACUAAAGAAUAUUCUGGACAUGCUGCAACUUGAAAACAGUGAGCUGCAAGGUUUGAUGCUACAACAUGACCAAAAGGUGUCUGAGCUAGAGAAGACUCAGGUCUAAGUGCUGGAGGAGAGACUGGAGUUAGAGAAUCUGCAGCAGACAGCCCUGCGACAGAAAGGGGAAAUCGAGUGGCAGAAGCAGGUCCUCGAGAGGGACAGACGGGAAAUAGAGCGGAUCACUGCCGAGACCCGAGCGCUACAGUCCUGUGUUGAGUCUUUGAGCAAAGAAAAGGAAGAUCUCGAAGAAAACUGUGACAGCUGGGAAAAGAAGUUGGAACAGACCAAACGGGUUUUAGCAGCUGUGGAAGAGAAUAGCAAAACGGAGCAGGCCAACUUCGAGAAGCUGGAAUCGGAUGUCAGAAAUCUGCAGCAGGAGCUGGACCGGCUGCACAGAGAGAAGCUCUCGCUGCACAAAGACGUGGCGGCGACACAGCAGCAGCUCCGAGAAAAACAAGAGGCAGUAAAUGCACUACAGAGAGAACUAGCUGAAGUCGAAGACCAUUUGAACCUAGCCAAACAGGGCCUGCUUCACGCCACCAAGCAGAAGGACAUGCUGCUCAGUGAGCAGACCAGGCUCCAGAAAGACGUCGGUGAAUGGAGGAAGAAUUUGGAAGACUGCCAGAAAGAAGGGGAGACAAAGCAACAACAGCUUCAAGAGCUUCAGAAGAAGGCUGAAGAAAAUAGGGCGAAGCUAGCCCAACAAGAAAUGAUGUUUCAGAAACUCCAGAAAGAGACAGAAUGUGAAGAAAAGAAGUUAGAGGCCAGUAAAGUGACUCUGAAGGAGCAGCAGCAACAGCUGGAAAAGGAAUUAUCGGAGCAGAAGAGCAAGCUGGACCAGGUGCUCACACAGCUGUUGGUGGCGGAGGAGCGUGUCAGGGUUUUGAAGAAAGAGGAGAGGUGGAGUGAGACCCUGGAGAAAACGCUCUCCCAGACCAAACGACAGCUUUCAGAACGGGAGCAGCAACUAACGGAAAGGUCAAGUGAGCUCCUGACUCUCCAGAAAGAGGCGGACUCCAUGAGGGCCGACUUCAGCCUCUUGCGGAACCAGUUCUUGACAGAAAGGAAGAAGGCCGAGAAGCAGGUCGCCAGCCUGAAGGAGGCACUUCGGGUCCAGCGGAACCAGCUGGAGAGAAACCUUCUGCUGGAGCCCAGAUGGGCAGUGAAGCAACAGAACCAGCAAGCAGGCGAGGCAGUGACGCACGCGUCCGUGGGCCGCAGCCCUGGGCCAUUCCCUCCUCCCCUGUGGCAGGAGCAAAGACAGGAGAAGAGCUGCAUGCAGAAGGAGAUGGCCGCCGCGGAGCAGGUGGCCCAGGACAACCACGAGCGAGCCCGGCGCCUGAUGAAGGAGCUCAGCCAGAUGCAGCACGAGUACGCGGAGCUCAGGAACCAGAUGACCAACCAAAAAGAUUUGGAGAGAAGACAAAUCGAAAUCAGUGAGGCAAUGAGGUCGCUUAAAUCUGAGGUGAAAGAUGAAAUCAGAACCAGCCUGAAGAAUCUCAACCAGUUUCUUCCAGAACUGCCAGCAGAUCUGGAGGCCAUUUGGAAAAGGAAUGAAAGCCUAGAAGGAGGGUUGGAAAGCCUGAAAGAGAACUUCCCAUUCACCGUGAGUCAGAGACCAUCACCUUUUGAAGAAAAACUGAAUUUUUCCCAGAUUCACAUAAUGGACGAACACUGGCGUGGGGAGGCGCUCCGGGAGAAACUGCGCCACCGUGAAGAUCGACUCAAGGCCCAGCUUCGACACUGUAUGUCCAAGCAAGCAGAAGUGUUAAUUAAGGGCAAACGGCAGACAGAGGGCACCUUACACAGCCUGAGGAGGCAGGUCGAUGCUCUGGGGGAACUGGUCACCAGCACCUCCGGAGACUCCACGGCGUCACCCAGUCUGUCGCAGACAGAGUCUUCCCUUGCUGAGGACUGUCAGCCUGGACCGGACCAGAGCUCCUUUCACGUUCUACAAGGUCCGUCACAACUUCCAGGCAGUCACCCGAAGUCACCAGCUUCCGGCUCGCGGGGAGAGAGCCGGUGGGCCAGGUGAGGAAGCCCAUCUGAGAUCCCUUCUGUGCUACCUCACUUCAGCACUGCAGUGCCACUCGGUUUUUAUCCAGAGCCGGUGAGUGCGGACGCUGCACCUCCCCGGCUUAUUCCACCUGCAUCGCCAACGCCGGGGCCUCUGUAAACCACGUGUACACAAGGGAAUCGCCGUGUACGGUUUCAACCAGGGUCCUCGACGGCUGAGGGGUUUGUUUUCUUAUCUUUGAAAUGUGUUGCCAUUAAGACUAGUGCUGAUUAUAAUUGCAAAUUUGAAGCUAUAAACUGGUGAAAUUGUAGCUGCAAAGAGAAAAAACUGUACUCCAGC